AUGAAGUUCACCAACAUCGCUCUCACCGGUGCUGCCAUCGGUCUUGCCAACGCCGGCCCCGUUUCCAAGCGUGCCAUCACUGACGCCGAUGUCCUCAACUAUGCUCUAACCCUUGAGCACCUCGAGGCUGCCUUCUACCAGGAGGGUCUCAAGAACUACACCCAGGCAGACUUCGUCAAGGCCGGCUUCAAGGACCCCUUCUAUGCCAACCUCCAGGAGGUUGCUUCUGAUGAGACCGAGCACGUGUCAUUCCUGACCUCUGCUUUGAAGGCUGCCGGUGCCUCCCCCGUUGCCGCCUGCACCUACAGCUUCCCAUCCACCGAUGUCAGCAGCUUCCUGGCCCUCGCCAGUGUUCUUGAGGGUGUCGGUGCCAGCGCCUACCUCGGUGCCGCCGCCUCCAUCAUGAACGAUGCCUACCUCACCGCCGCUGGUAGCAUUCUCACCGUCGAGGCUCGCCAUAGCGCCUACCUGCGCGCCGCCCUCGGUGAAGUCCCCUUUGCCCAGGCCUUCGAGAACCCUCUCGACUUCAAUGAGGUUUACACUGUUGCCUCUCCCUUCAUCGCCUCAUGUCCCUCUAGCAAUGGCGCUCUCCCCGUCAAGGCCUUCCCCUCGCUCACUAUGAGCUCAAUGGCUGCCGUGAUGGUCGGUGAUAAGGUCGCCGUCACUGCCGGCGAGGGUUUCGACACCUCAGCUACUGACAUCAGCGCCGCCUUCAUCACCGUCACUGGUCCCAUUUGGGCCUCCAUUGAGUCCAUGGGUGAUGGCAAGUUCACUGUCACCGUCCCCAAGGGCGUUGCCGGACAGAGCUACUUCGUCCUGACCAAGGGCAACAAGCAGGCGACUGAUGACAACAUUGUCGCGGGACCCGCUAUCGUCGAGGUUGGCAAGAAGGGUGCUAUUGGUACUCCUAGCGGUAUGGCUGCGAUGGGUAUGGGCAAUGGCAAGAGCAGUAUGUCCAUGCCUACUCCUUCUUCCACCAUGUCUGGUUCCUGGAGCAGCACUUCCGCUACCGCCUCCGCUUCUUCCCCCGUGUACACUGGCGCUGCCCACAUGAUGUCUGGUAAUAUUGCUGGUGUUGUUGGUGCAGGACUUGUUGUCGCCGCUGCACUUAUCUAA